GUGCUCACCGUUCCGUUUAACCAAAUGUGUUGCGUGGAGGGUUCCACUGUAGUAAUGUGAGGUGAUUGUGUUUCAAGAUGGGCUAACAAUGAAAGUAAUUUAAGUUAAGUACAAAAUGAGAAGAGAGGUGCAAUUGAAUUUUCAUUCAUAGGAUAGAACUACCACUUACCAUUUUCAUAUAUUUUUAUAAUCGCAAAUUCCUUGAUAAAAAAAAAAGAGAAAGCUCUUGUAAUUUAUAUUAAGUUGAAAGUGGAUCAAAGUCAAAACUUGUGUGAUUGUUAUUUGUUGACUGUUGCCUGUGAUCCAAGAUGGGCAAACUAUUGUCCAAGAUUUUUGGCAACAAAGAAAUGCGAAUUCUUAUGCUUGGAUUGGAUGCUGCUGGAAAAACAACAAUUUUAUACAAAUUAAAACUAGGACAGUCAGUGACGACUAUACCAACAGUAGGAUUUAAUGUUGAAACAGUUAAAUACAAAAAUGUCAAAUUUAAUGUAUGGGAUGUUGGUGGUCAGGACAAAAUCCGCCCAUUGUGGAGGCAUUAUUAUACUGGAACUCAGGGCCUUAUCUUUGUUGUGGACUGUGCUGAUCGGGACAGAAUAGACGAGGCACGUCAAGAGUUAAAUAAAAUAAUUAAUGAUAGAGAAAUGAGGGAUGCUAUUAUUCUUGUUUUUGCCAAUAAACAGGAUUUGCCAGAAGCCAUGAAACCCCAUGAGGUGCAAGAAAAACUUGGGUUCACUCGUAUUCGUGAUCGAAAUUGGUAUGUUCAGCCUUCUUGUGCAACAACUGGUGAUGGUUUAUAUGAAGGGCUUACUUGGCUGACCUCAAACUAUAAAUCCUAAAAUGAAGUAAACAGUAAGAAGAAACUGAUAAUUUUCUGACAAAUAUUUUCUGAAAACUAUCAAAGAAGGAUGCAACCUUUUGUGAUGUAGGCAUGUCUUCUCUUGACCUCUUUCAUAAGGAAGAAUCUUUAAAGGUUAAUAAGUCCAGUCUUCCUUAUACACUCAGUUUAAAUCAUAAACUACAUGUGUGUGUGUGUAUUUGUCAAGAUUUUAAAUGUGUUUAUACUGAAGGGACAUCAGUCUACUUGAAGCAAAGUAAACAAAGCGUGCAUAUAUUUUCAUUUUCAGACAAAAUAUUGUUAUAUGUAGAGUAAUCAAAGUUGAAUGGUUAAAAUAUUAUAUUAAAUCUAUGUGUAAAUAAAUUAGACUUUUUUUAUCCAAGAUUUUAAGUAUUAGUAUUGUUUUGUUUAUUUUGCAAAGAGUGGAAUAAGUUACAUUUUUUACAUCAAUAAACCUUUUCCUUUUCUAUUUUUUCCAUCUCCAACAGAAAUAUGUAUAGGUGUUACUAGUUAAAAGAUUAUAAAAAUACUUUAAUGUUACAUCCAGAAAUCUUUUUCUAACAGCAGGAAAUAAAUCUGAGUUACAAAAUUUUUAGAAAGUUAUCUUGAAAGAGAACAAUUAUCUUUCUGUUUUAUUAAUGCACACCUGUUGAAAGUGAAUAAUAAUGACAUUAAUUUAGUAAAAUUAUUCACUUGAAAUAAGCCUAGAUUUAGAUUAAACAUUUUUAUGUAGAAUUGUGAAUAACAUACCAUUUGAAUUAGCAAUUCUUAUUAGUUUUGUUAUGUUUUUGAAAAUUUUUUAUGUAUGUUAGUUAACAUUUGUAUUUUUUAACAAAAUAUAUAAUCUGUGGACAGUCAUUUUUAAUUGGUGCUGUAUCUCAAAUUGCACAUAACCAUAAAAAAAAAAAAACGUUUUCUUUUGGUUCCAAAUUCUCUUUUUUUUUCUUCUGAGGGUAUCACUUUCUAAAUAACUGGUGGAAAAAAAUUUCAAAGCAAAACUUAUGGAAAAUCAGGAAAUUAUCACAGAAAAUCCAGACUUGGUUUCUAAAGUGAGGAAAAUUUCAUUUUUUAUUAACCUUAUGAAAUAUAUAUCCGGAUCCAUGCAAAACCAAAAUUAGGAUAUUUAUUUUCUUGGUGUGUAAUAAUGGGAUUAAUUAUAAAGAAACACCUUGCAUGCAUAUUCUAUGAUUUUUUCCAAAUUUUUAUCUUAACAAGAGUAAUAUAGCAGCUUAGGUGUUUUUUUAUAAAGACUUGUAACCAGAUUAAACAUCAAGUAUGAAAAAAAAAAGUACAGGCAUUCUGUGUCCACACUUUUGAAUGUGCCUACACAUACAAGAUAUGAUCUAACAAAGUAACCACAUUGUAAGUCAUAGGUAAGGUUGUUUUUGUUUUUUCUUACAGUUUUUAUAACAGACAUUCUUAACCUUCAGAGAAUUAAUUAGGCCUAAACUAGAAGCUUAUCACUUAAGUGAUAUUUAGUUAAUUUACUCAAAUGUCAUGUUGUAAGAUAUAUGUUGUACAACUUCAUUAUUUUACCACUUUCAACUCCAGCAAAAAAAAUACUAUUUUUUGUAACAAAACCAACUCCUCUUUCAAAUGUUAGAAAAAACUUCAUUGUUGCAAUAUAAUGGGUAAGCAUCUAUUGAAUUGCACUUUGUUACGUUGCUAUCGUUUAUUUGAACUUUUUUAUUUCUUUGAAAUGUACUGCUAAAUUUUUUUAGUUUUUUGUAAAACUUUGGUUCUUGUUUUGAUAUUUAAAAAAUACAAAUGAAAUAAAAUCUAUUGUUAGGUGUAGUUUACAGCUUUGUGGUUUUUGUCUCUGCUAAUUAAUAAUCUCAAACUUUUGUCAAUUCUAUUGUGAGGUAUACUUAUUUUACAGUUCAGUGUAGCAUGAAGUAAGCUGCUAAAUAAUUUAGCAUCUCAAAAUUAAUGUUUCAGUUAUUAAAUGUUUCUUAAAGAUUCCUUUACUCUGUACUGUUUGUCUUUGUUCUAAAAGAUUGCUUAUUCGUUUUUAGCUCUUUUAAUCUAUUUAAAGCUGAUGUUUUUUUUUUAAAGAAUAAAUCAUGUUUGUACUAUGAA